AUGUUAAUAAAUAAUUUUGCAGGUGCUUCUGGUCUUGGAUAUGAAUUAUCAUUAAUUUUAAGUCGUCUUGGUGCGAUCGUCAUUAUCAUAGAUAUAGCUGAAAAAAAAAUAUCGGAUCGUAAAAAAGUAUUUUUUAAACAAUUGGUACUAAAGUUAAAAGCUUUUUGUCACUAUUACAGAUGUGAUGUUACAUGUGUAAGAGGUCUUGAGAAAGUUUUAUUGGAAAUUAAAAAACAUUUUGGGAUUCCUACAAUACUUGUUAAUAAUGCUGCUAUAAUUGAUGGUGAAUCAAUUGAAACAAUGUCAUUUGAAAAAUUUAGAAGAGUGGUUGAUGUUAAUUUUAUAUCACAUUUUAAUACUGUUAAGUUGUUCUUACCUGGAAUGAAGCAAAAAAAUGAAGGACAUAUUGUUACGAUAGCAUCUUCGCUUGCGUUUAUUGGUGUAACUAAUCUUUCUGCUUAUUGUGCUUCUAAAACGGCAUUAGUCUCUUUUCAUGAAUCUCUAAAAUACGAGCUUUUAUAUUCAAAUUCUAACAUUCGAACGACACUUGUGGUGCCAGGACAAUUGAACACAUCAUUAUUUCAAAAUGUUAAGACACCUUCUCGAUUUUUGGCUCCAGUGCUUGAUCCCGUAUAUGUUGCAGAAAAAAUAGCCAAAACCAUAAUAAAUGACAUGGGUAUAGAAAUAUAUACGCCAUUAUAUUGUUUAAUACUUCCCAUGCUAAGAUGUAUACCUAUAAGAUUUCAAAGAAUCUUCAGAUAUUUUAGUGGUAUAGAUAAAGCUACGUAUGUAUUUAUAAAACAUUAAUUGUAUUAUAAACUAUUUAAAGUUUAUAUUAGAAAAUUGCAUA